AUGGGUCCCAUGAUGGUAAUGGAAGGUCCAAACGGUAUGCAUCAGACAUUUCCACAGCCUUCACAACACGUUCAACAACAACCACCAAUAACGUCCAGUAUGAACAGAUCACAGAGAUGCGGUGUAUGCCGCGGAUGUCAGUGUAAACCGUGCGGCCAGUGCACUUACUGCCAGGAUAGUCCGCAGUUUGGCGGACCCGGUGUGAAGAAACAAAGUUGUAUUGAGAGGAGGUGUUUACGUGUUUUGGAGAACAGACUUCAGAGAGACGCCCCGACGUUCAAGGCACGUGUCGGAUGCAAUCAAUGUGAAGAUUGCAGAAUGCCCGAUUGUCAAAUUUGUCUAGUCUGUUUAGAUAAGAGAUUUUUCGAGAAUCGCUACAUGACGGGUGCAAUGUGUGCAAAAAAACGCUGCAAUAAUGCGACCAGUAUCGAACUACCUGCCCAGUCACCACAGUCAAUGCAUGAGUUCCAGCAGAGACAGGCACAAAAACGUGCGUACGAUCAAGCGGCACCGCCACCGAUACAUUUCGAUAUGAAACGUCGUGGAAUGGAUGUAAACUAUGGUGGAAUACCUGUGCCACAAGUACAGCCACAUUCUCCACAACUCGGACCACCACAGUCACUAAGUCAUGCACAAGCUCAACAACAAGCUCGUAUUCUUGGCAUCAAUCCGGCGGCUGUGAACUAUGGCUUGCCUGCUAUGAGCGCUCCACGAAUGAUACCAUGCGGACCGCCACAACCACCACCACCACCACCGCCACCAUUGAAUGAACCUGCCUAUCUGCUACCAACUUACGGUCACACAUCACCGACACCAGUCGACUUCUACAAUCCGAAGUCGUAUACAUUCGAAGAGAUCACACCGAAUGGUGAUCCAUUCAUACCACCUAGUUAUGCGCCGGAAAUGAAAAACGCUGUCGUACUGCAGCCGCUCUAG